AUGUAAUCUCAUGAGUAUAUCAAUUUAAAGAAAUAAUUAAUAAUUAAUAUCAAGACAGAAGAAAAAAUCAAAGAGAACGAACUUCUCAAAGACAAUUAAAAGAAUGAUGAAUUAUAAAGGCGCAAAGGAAACCUCUUAAUAAAAUUAGGUAAAUAUGACGAAUAUUGGGAAUAUAUUGAUUAAGCAAUUGCAGUAAAUCCAAAAAACUAACUACUGAUUCUUCACAAAGGGAUUGCAUUAGCUCAGUUAAAAAAAUAUGAAUAGGCUUUUGAAUGUUUCAAUGAAGCAAAAAAAAUAGAUCCUACAAAUCAAGAAUUUCUAAUUCAGUUAGCGUAAUCACUAGAGGACUUUGAUGAAUUUGAUGGAGCUUAUAAAUUUUAUAAUGAAGCUCAGAAACUUGGUGACAAUGUAGAGAUGUUAAAUAUUAAUAAAGGUAAUUUUCAAUAGGAUUUAAUUUUAGCCUCUGCAUUAAUUAAUUUAAAGAGAUGUGAAGAAGCCAUUGAAUUGUGUGAUAAAGAACUUUCAAAUGCUACUUGUCAUAAACGUGCUUAUGCUACUAAGGCAAGGGCAUUAUAUGUAUCACUUAGAUAUGAAGAAGCUCUUGAAAUUUGUGAUAGGUUAAUUUAAAUGGAUGAAAAUUUUUAAUUGGCUUAUGAUAUCAAGGGUAAGUCUAGUAAAGUUUUAUAUCUUUUUUAGGAAGGACCUUAGCCUCAUUACAGCGACCUCAAGAAGCAAUCUAACAAUGUCUAAAAGCUAUUCGAUUAGAUUAGAAGAAAUAUAUACCUUAUGCUACCAUAGUUUACUUCAGCUGGAGCAUUAGUUUAAUUAAAACGUUAUGAAGAGGCGAUUGAAUUUGCUGAUAUUUCACUUAAGUUAAACCCAAGGGGAGAUAUAGCUCUCGGCAACAAAGGAAUGGCAUUAACUAAUUUAGAUAGACUAGAAGAAGCUGUUGAGUGUUUUGGUUAAGCCCUUUCAAUAACAAAAGAUCAUCCUAUUCUAAAUUAUUUAAUGGGAUCUACAUUAAUAAAUCUAGAUAGAGAAGAAGAAUCUAUUGAAUAUUUAGAUAGGGCUAUAAAAAGUAAUCCAAAAAAUUCUGAAAACCAUUUGAAAAAAGCAUAAUUGCUUUAGGAAUAGCAUUAUUUAGCUUAGGGAGAUAUGAAGAGUCAAUUGAGAUUUUUGACUUAUCAAUUGCUUUAAAUUCAAAUAAUCUUUAUGCAUUUUUUUACAAAGGAAAGUCUUUAUUUAAUUCAGGUAGAUUUAAAGGUGCAGUUUUAACUUUAAGUGAAGCCCUUAAACUCCAUUAAACAGAAUUUGGAAUAUGGAAUCUAAUGGGUAUAUUAUAAUUUGACUAACAAAUAAGGAAGAUCAUUACUAAACUUGCAUCUCUUUGACUAAUCGAUUAUAUAUUUGUUGAAAGCACACGAAUUAAACCCAUAGGAUGAAGUAGUUAUUUUUAACAUAGGUCUUUCAUUAGAACGUCUAAAUAAAAAUGAUGCCGCCAUUUUUUGGAUUAAUAAAGGUCUAAAGAUUAGUCCAGACACUCAUUAUGCAUUAGAUUUAAUGGGUCUAUAUUUUAAUCUUAUAAUUAUAGCAAAAACCUUAAUAAAAAUUGGGAAAUUUAAAGAAGCGAUAUUAUUUUCAUAAAAAGCUGUAAGUCUAGAUCCUAGUAACGAGGAGUAUUAAUAGAAUUAUUUGAAAGGUCUAUAUAUGUUGGAAUUGGAAUACGCAUCUAUGGAACACUAAUGA